GAAGGUGGAGGAGCGUGAUGCUACAACCUCCUUAUAAAGCGACUCUCUCACGUCGUGGCUUGGAAAUUACAGCACGUUGCCGAAAAUUGACGACUUUGACGCACACACGCACUCUCACACAGACCGAGCACCGCCGCCAUGACGUGGACCGACGUAGAGGACAUGCUCCACUGGGCCGAGGUACCUGUCUUUUGGGUAGGAGCCUUCACAGUGGCUGCUCUACUGGUGUGGCUCCUUUACCGGCUGCUCUCCGGCUUCAGCAUCUGGGUUCUGGGCAACGGCCAGCUGCUCUCCCCCAAACUGGGCAAGUGGGCAGUUGUGACGGGAGCCACUGAUGGGAUCGGGAAAUCCUACGCGGAGGAGCUUGCUCGUCGAGGGUUUGCUAUAGCGUUGAUCAGCCGCUCCCAGGACAAGUUGGACGACGUGGCCAGGUCACUUGAGAAGCAGUUUGGAGUGGAGACUAAAACCAUUGCAGUCGACUUCGGAAAGACCAACAUCUACCCCACCAUCGAGGCGGGACUGGCAGCUCUGGAGAUUGGUGUCCUGGUCAACAACGUUGGAGUGUCCUAUCCCUACCCUGAGUACUACCUGCAUAUUCCAGAUCUAGACAACUUCAUCACAAAUAUGAUCAAUGUCAACAUGACAUCAGUGUGCCAGAUGACCCGGCUGGUGCUGCCAAGAAUGGCUGAGAGAUCCAAAGGUGUCAUCUUGAACAUAUCGUCUGCCAGUGGCAUGUACCCCGUCCCUCUGCUCACCGUUUACUCCGCCACAAAGGCCUUUGUGGAUUUCUUCUCCCGCGGCCUCCAAGAGGAGUACAGGCGUCAGGGUAUCAUCAUCCAGAGCGUGCUGCCCUUCUUUGUGGUCACUAAGAUGACCCGCAUCAGGAAGCCCACCCUGGACAAGCCCACCCCGGAGCGCUACGUGGCCGCCGAGCUCAAUACUGUGGGCCUGCAGAGUCAGACUAACGGAUACUUUCCCCACGCCGUCAUGGGGUGGGUGACCACCAGGCUGGUGCCAAUCAGCAUCGUCAUCUUCCUGGGUGCCAGAAUGAACCGCCUCCAGCGUACGGGAUACCUGCAGAGGAGGAAGCUGCGGGAGCAGAGGAACGGAACCAGUUUGAAGUCGGAAUAAGAAUAUUGUGACCCAAUGCAGUGUUGAAGGAAGGGAGUGAGAUGUUUGUGUGUGUGUGUGUAUAUGUAACAUUGAGAACUGACCUGCGUGUGUGUGUGUGUGUGCGUGUGUGAGACGUGUAUUAAAAAUGGAAACCUCCCUAUUGGAAAUUAGGCAGAGGACAGUGGGGGCUGAAGUUUGCUGCUCGCGCCAAAGGACCUGUUACUUGACACUGAUGGUGGAUGUUAGUACAACCAAAAAGAAAAAAAAAUAGAGUGGUUUGUUAACCCUGCUGUUGUAAGCAGUGGAAAAUGGUGGUGGGUUUUUAUAAAUAGAUAGGAACAGUAUAUGUAAAAUUAUUUAUUUUAUAUUUGUAUAAACACACAAGACACACCCUUAUCUUUACGACUAGUCCUGUUUACACAGCAGUGAGCUGCCAGGUUAACUUUGUGUAGGUGUAUCGGUCAAGACACUGUUUCUGUAACAAUGCUGCCGCACCAACGUAUAAAGGUUAGACAGGCUAAACAAGAGUGCCUUUUUGCAGAGAUUGAUGCUGGAAUGAUGACACAGUUGCCUUUUGUGUUAUUCCAAUUAUCACUUGAAAGUUCAUGUUAUAUACAGUGUGUGAAUAUUGGCCUCAAAGUGAUGGUGCCACUGAUUCUUGUCAUGUUAAUGAUGAGCACGUCCCAGUUCAGCGUAUGAAAUGUACUGACCAGUGCCUCGAGUCUAAGCUGUCUUUUUUUUUUUUUUUUAAAUGUAUUAUGCACUGUUGACUUUACAUUCCAGCUUUUUUUCUACUUUUUUGCUAAUAAAAAAGACAUUCAACUA